CUCACUUGAGAGCUUAGCCCACAACCUCAAAAAUCUAAAAAAUGGACAAUAGAGGCAAGAAUGCGGACAAGGAUGCCGGAGAAAUCAAGUAUAGAGGUGUUCGGAAGCGGCCAUGGGGGAAGUACGCAGCGGAGAUACGCGACUCGGCCCGGCAAGGCGCCCGAGUGUGGCUUGGGACGUUCAACACAGCAGAGGAGGCAGCCCGAGCCUACGACAAGGCGGCGUAUGCCAUGAGAGGCCAUUUGGCAAUCCUCAACUUCCCCGAAGAGUACAAUCUGCCAAGCAGCUCGUCGCAUUUUGCUUCACCUUCGGGUUCGGGUUCGAGUUCGGGUUCCAUGCAACCAAGGGAAGUAAUUGAGUUCGAGUACUUGGAUGAUAAGUUGCUGGAAGAGCUUCUCGAUGAUAAUGACCAUAAAGGGAAGAAGAAGGAUUAAAGUUUGAAGAGACAAUUCAGUAACGACAAAAACCCUGGGAUCCGAGUUUUUCAUACUAUAAUCCUGAAAAAUGCAUUAAUAUAUAUUUAGUUUUCUGAUUAUUUUCCCUGUUUUUAGGUAUCAUAAUUUUAGCAGUUUUUGGCAAAUGCAAAUGGUUCCACUAGAAUUUUCCUAGGGAUCAUUUUCUACUGUCAUGCUGAUAACUGUGUGCAUUGAAGGGUGUCAAACUCUCUCUUUCUCUCUAUAUAUAUAGAAUUUUUUUAAA